UGCUGGCUCCAGGAGCGAAGACGGCCCUGAAACCCGAGGAGCAGCCGUCCUCGGCGAGGCGCCGGGAUGGGCAUUAAUAGAAGCUUCCGCAGGCCGCUGACACGUCUGGCCAGCUGCUCAGCCCGGCCAGCGCCCCUCCGCCCACGGCCGGCCCCCUCCGGCCCCGCCGGGCACACUGAACAGCUGCCGCCGCCCCGGCGCGACCGCCACCUGCCCGGGAGGACGCGGCCGCCGGGCCUGACCCAGCGCCCGCCGCUCCGUGGCCGCCAUGUCCCAGACCAAGGCCCUGAAGGUCCGCCUGACCCUCCUCUGCGUCCUGGCGGGGAUCGUGCUGGCGCUGGUGGCCGUGGUGACCGACCACUGGGCCGUGCUGAGCCCCCACGUGGAGCACCGCAACGCCAGCUGCCAGGCGGCACACUUCGGCCUCUGGCGGAUUUGCACCAAGCGGAUCGUCCCGGGCGACGGCAGGGACAGGAGCUGCGGACCCAUCACCCUGCCUGGGGAGAAAAACUGUUCCUACUUCAGGCAUUUUAACCCAGGCGAGAGCUCGGAGAUCUUCGAAGUUACCACUCAGAAAGAGUAUAGCAUCUCGGCCGCGGCCAUCGCCGUCUUCAGCCUGGGCUUCACCAUCGCGGGAACCAUCUGCGUGCUCCUGUCCUUUGGGAAGAAGCGCGACUACCUGCUGAGGCCAGCGUCCAUGUUCUUCGCCUUUGCGGGUCUCUGCAUCUUCGUCUCGGUGGAGGUCACACGGCAGUCGGUGAAGCGCAUGGUCGACAGCGAGGACACCGUCUGGAUCAAGUACUAUUACUCCUGGUCCUUCGCCUGCGCCUGCGCGGCCUUCGGCCUCCUCUUCCUCGGCGGCCUGGCUCUCCUGCUCUUCUCCCUGCCGCGGAUGCCCCAGAACCCCUGGGAGUCCUGCAUGGACGCCGACCCCGAGCACUAG